UUUAUUCAAAUUUCCUUGAUUAUUUCACAUCCAUCCACUCCAAAUUCCUCCGGGCUUUCUUCCUGUUCCCGACCUCUUCAUUUGCAUCUCCUUCGCGCCCGAUCAUUUAAUUUUAUUAUCUCAUCGAUUAUCCUUCCAUCGAUUAGUCAGACGGAAGAAAUCCCGCUGGUGGAGUGUGUGCUGUAGCCGUUUGAGUCGUGCGAGAUUCGUGUUUGAACAUGCUGCGCGCGUUCACUCGCUGUCGUGUGGUCGUCACCCCCUCCUCCCAGGAAUCCCUCACCCCGCUGAGGAAUGUCGUCGCGGGAUGGGUACAGAAUCGACACAUGUCACAGACGGCUCCUCGGACCGUGACGCUGAUCCCGGGCGACGGGAUCGGUCCGGAAAUCUCGGCCUCGGUGCAGCAGAUCUUCCAGGCGGCGGAUGUGCCCAUACAGUGGGAGACGGUGGAUGUGACGCCGGUUAAAGGACUGGACGGGAAGAUUGGUAUCCCACAGCAAGCCAUUGACAGUGUCGUCAAAAACAGAAUCGGUUUAAAAGGACCCCUUGCCACUCCCGUGGGAAAAGGACAUCGUUCACUCAAUUUGGCCAUUCGCAAGGCUUUCAACUUGUACGCCAACGUGCGUCCAUGCCGCUCGUUAGAGGGCUUCAAGACGGCCUACGAUGAUGUGGAUGUGGUGACGAUUCGUGAGAACACGGAGGGCGAAUACAGUGGUAUUGAGCAUGUGAUAGUGGACGGAGUGGUGCAGAGCAUUAAGCUGAUCACAUUUGAUGCAUCCAUGCGUAUCGCCCAGUUUGCCUUCGAGUAUGCCAAAGCCAACGGACGCUCCCGAGUCACCGCCGUCCACAAAGCCAAUAUUAUGCGCAUGUCAGAUGGCUUGUUUCUCAAGUGUUGCCGCGAUGUGGCUGAACAACAUCCUGACAUCAAAUUCAACGAAAUGUACCUGGAUACUGUCUGUCUUAACAUGGUGCAAGAUCCAUCCAAAUUCGAUGUCUUAUGUAUGCCCAACUUAUAUGGAGAUAUUCUCAGUGAUCUGUGCGCGGGUUUGGUGGGCGGUCUGGGUGUGACACCCUCCGGGAACAUUGGCUUCGACGGCGCCGCCGUGUUCGAGUCGGUGCACGGUACCGCGCCGGACAUUGCCGGCCAGGAUAAGGCCAAUCCGACGGCGCUGCUGCUCAGUGCCGUCAUGAUGCUGCGCCACAUGAAGCUCAACAACUACGCGGACCGCAUCGAGCAGGCCUGCUACGCCACCAUCCGGGAAGGAAAGAUGCUGACAGGUGAUUUGGGUGGCAAGGCGAAAUGCUCGGACUUCACCCAGGAUAUCUGCGAGAAAGUACAGAAUAUGCCCGAACCCGAUCCCGACGCCAGGAAAAAGCACCGGCAUUAGGGGAAGAGAAAUUUCUGGAUUAAUUAAUGGAAAAAGUUACUUAAUUAUUUAACUAAUAGGUCCUAGUUUGCAGAUAAUUUUUGUGUUUUGUUUUCCUGUUGGAAUUUUAGUCGGUUGUUCUGGUUAACUACGGAGAAGAAGAGCGCACUGUGUCCGCUGUCAUUUUGUCCAUAUUUAGUGCAGAUGUUAACGUGUCGCGUUUUUAGCUGUGGCUGACAGAUCUGUCUGUUUCGUGCGUGGAUUUUUAUUUGCUAAAAAAUGGUUGUUCGAGAUGAAAUAAAAAGACUGGAAAGGAAA